GGCCUCUGUGGGGCGGCGCCUGGUCUGCGGCGCCUGGUCUGCCCCGCCCGCUCCGGCCCGGCCUCUCCCGCAGGCCGAGAUGCAGCUGCUCCUGCUCGUGCCCCUGCUGCUGGCCCCGGCGGCCGGGUCCUCGGUGAGGCGGCAGGUGAGGCAGCAGAGCGACACCUGGGGCCCCUGGAGCGACUGGAGCCCCUGCAGCCGGACCUGCGGAGGGGGCAUCAGCUUCCAGGAACGCCCCUGCUACUCACAGAGGAGAGAUGGGGGCUCCAGCUGCGUGGGUCCCGCUCGCAGGCACCGCUCUUGCCACAUCGAGAGCUGCCCCGACGGUGCCCGCGACUUCCGGGCAGAGCAGUGCUCCGCCUUCGACAGCCAGGAGUUCCAGGGCCGCAGGUACCAGUGGCUGCCCUACUACGCAGCCCCGAACAAGUGUGAGCUGACCUGCAUCCCCAAGGGGGAGGACUUCUACUACAAGCACAAGGAGGCCGUGGUGGAUGGGACGCCCUGUGAGCCUGGCUCUCGGGAUGUCUGUGUGGAAGGCAUCUGCCGGGUUGUCGGCUGUGACCACAACCUGGACUCGUCACGGCAGGAGGACAAGUGUCUGCAGUGUGGGGGGGACGGCACGACCUGCUACCCCGUCACUGGCACCUUCGAUGCCAACGACCUCAGCAGAGGCUACAACCAGAUGCUCACAGUUCCCGUGGGGGCCACCAGCAUCCGCAUCGAGGAGGUGGCCGCCAGCAGGAACUUCCUGGCGGUGAAGAGCAUCCGGGGUGAGUACUACCUCAACGGGCACUGGACCAUCGAGACCGCCCGCGCCCUGCCUGUGGCCAGCACCAUCCUGCACUACGAGCGGGGCGCUGAGGGGGACCUGGCACCGGAGCGGCUCCGUGCCCGCGGCCCCACCUCGGAGCCCCUGGUCAUCGAGCUCAUCAGCCAGGAGUCCAACCCCGGCGUGCGCUAUGAGUACCACCUGCCCCUGAGCCCUGCCCGGCCCGGCUUCAGCUGGAGCCACGGCUCCUGGAGCGACUGCAGCGCUGAGUGCGGCGGAGGUCACCAGUCGCGCCUGGUCUUCUGCACCAUGGACAAUGAGGCCUACCCUGACCACAUGUGCCAAGGCCAGCCUCGGCCGGCCAGCCGCCGCCCUUGCAGCCUGCACCCCUGCCCCCAUACGAAUCGCUGGAAGAUGGGGCCCUGGACCCCCUGCUCGGCCUCCUGCGGCGGCGGCUCCCAGUCCCGCUCCGUCUACUGCGUCUGGUCCGAUGGUGCUGGCGUCCAGGAGGCGGUCGCGGAGGCCCAGUGUGCAGGCCUGCCCGGGAAACCGCCUGCCGUGCAGGCCUGCAACCUGCAGCGCUGUGCAGCCUGGAGGGAGGAGCCCUGGGGAGAGUGUUCCGUGAGCUGCGGUGCCGGGGUCCGGAGGAGGAGUGUCACUUGUCGGGGUGACGAGGGGUCUCUGCUCCACGCCACAGCGUGCUCCUCGGAGGACCAGCCGCCUCUCACUGAGCCUUGUGUGCGUGAUGACUGUCCCUCUCUCAGUGACCAGGCCUGGCACGUGGGCGCCUGGGGCCUAUGCUCCAGGAGCUGCAGCUCCGGCACUCGGACACGGCAGGUCGCCUGUGCCAUCGGGCCGCCCAGCCGCUGCAGGAGCCUGCAGCCGUGGAAGCCUGUGGACGCGGAGCCCUGUAACACGCAGCCCUGCCACCUUCCUCCAGAAGUCCCCAGCGUGCAGGACGUGCACACCAGCCUCAGGGCACCCUGGACAACUUCGGGCCCUCGGGAAGCCCCUGCCUCAGAUUCCAGAGGCCAGUGGUGGACACCCCAAGAGCAACCCUCAGCCCAGGGUAACCCCAGAGGAGACCAGGGCCCCCACCUGCUGGCUCCAGGCCCAGCCUCUUCUCUGCAGCAGUCCCCAAACCAGCAGUCCCUGCGGUCUGGCUCAGGGCCCCCUGACUGCAGACACAGCCCCCAUGGGUGCUGCCCCGAUGGCCUCACAGCAUCUCUUGGGCCACGGUGGCAGGGCUGCCCUGGGGCCGCUUGUCAGCAGAGCAGGUAUGGGUGCUGCCCUGACGGGGUGUCCGAGGCCGAGGGGCCCCAUCAGGCUGGCUGCGCGAGGUCUUACGGCGGCGACAGCGCCGGGAGCAGGCCGGGGUCGAGAGCUGUGGCGUCCACAGCCCCCAGGGCCCACCAGGCCCACCAGGACCAGGCCCAGCAGAGCGAGCCCAGAGAGUGCCGGGGCUCCCAAUUUGGCUGUUGCUAUGACAACGUGGCCUCUGCAGCAGGCCCUUUUGGGGAAGGCUGUGUGGGCCAGCCCAGCUACCCCUACCCCGUGCGGUGCCUGCUGCCCAACGCCCUCGGCUCCUGCACAGACUGGGCCACCCGCUGGUACUUCAUCGCCUCCGUGGGCCGCUGUAACCGCUUCUGGUACGGCGGCUGCCACGGCAAUGCCAAUAACUUUGCCUCAGAGGCAGAGUGUAUGCGCAGCUGCGGGGGGUCUCAACAGGCGCCCCACCAACCCGGGCCUGGGGCUGCUGGCCAGGGCACCCACAGAGAUGGCGAUGGCAGGAGUCACGGAAGCCAGCAGGAGGCGCACCGCACUCAGGCCUUAGGAGAACGGGGCCAGGAUCUGGGGCUCAGCGCCCCUGGACUGGGCGGAGAUGCGGGGCGGCCAGCAUCACCUUCCCACAGCUCCUCCUACAGGGUUGGCUGGGGCUCGGAGCCCUCUCUGGUGCAGGCGGCCCUGGGGCAGGCGGUGCGGCUCUCCUGCCCCGACGACACCUCCAGGGACCUCCACGCCAGGUGGCUGAAAGACGGGCAGCCCGUCUCCUCUGGCAGGCACAGGCUGCAGCCGGACGGCUCCUUGGUCAUCAGCCCCCUGCGGGCGGAGGACGCGGGCACCUACAGCUGUGGCGGCAGGCCAGGCCGGGACUCUCCGAAGAUCCAGCUUCGCGUCACAGGGGGUGACACGGCCGUGCUAUCUGAGACUGAGACGAGGCACUUCGCUCAGACCAGGGACCCCAGCCAGGGCCACAGUCCUCGGGACCCCAGCCUGGAGGCGGGCGCUGGGGGCCCGGGGGCCGUCGCCUCCUCUCACCCAUGGCCCAGGACCAGGCUGCGUGUGGACCCAGACCAGCCCAGGGUGGUGGACGCCCACCCAGGCCAGCGGGCCCGGCUGACCUGUCGCGCGGAGGGCUUCCCGCCCCCGACCAUCGAGUGGCAGAGAGAUGGGCAGACCCUCUCGUCUCCCAGACACCAGCAGAAGCCUGAUGGCUCUCUGGUCAUCAGCCAAGUGACUGCGGAAGAUGGCGGCUUCUACACCUGUGUCGCCUUCAACGGGCAGGACCAUGCCCAGCGAUGGGUCCAGCUCAGAGUUCUGGGGGAGCUGACGAUCACAGGGCUGCCCUCUACUGUGAUGGUGCCAGAAGGUGACACAGCCCGGCUGCCUUGUGUGGUUGCGGGAGAAAGUGUGAACAUCAGAUGGUCCAGGAACGGGCUGCCGAUAUGGGCUGAUGGCCACCGCGUCCACCAGUCCCCAGACGGCACCCUGCUGAUCCACAACCUGCGGGCCAGGGAUGAGGGCUCCUACACGUGCAGCACCUACCGCGGAAGCCAGGCGGUCAGCCGCAGCACCGAGGUGAAGGUGGUCCCGCCAGCACCGGCCGCCCAGGAGAGGGACCCCAGCAGGGACUGCAUCGACCAGCCGGAGCUGGCCAACUGUGAGCUGAUCCUGCAGGCCCGGCUCUGUGGCAAUGAGUAUUACUCCAGCUUCUGCUGUGCCAGCUGUUCCCGUGUCCAGCCUCAUGCGCAGCCGGUCUGGCAGCAGGGAUGAAGGCGGGCUCCAGCCCGGGCUCUGCAACAACUCAGAGGGCUGGAGAGAAGUGCAGAGACUCGCUCUCCCUCUGUGGCUGGCAAAGGGAGUUCUCUUCGGAGACAGUGCCACCCCGCCCCCGCUCAGCCAGUGCUGAGCCUCAGCAGCAGCCGCUGCACCAGCCUCCCUCUGAGUCCCUCGCAGUGUUUGCAUUUCUGACGUGACCGCAGGUAGCUGCUGAGUUGUCAAGAAGAGAAAUCUGUUUGGAUAAGGACACUCUACUUUACAACUGUCCUCUGUAUUGUCUGUUACACAGGAUCAGUUCACUGUGUUUUAAAACAAGCUACCAGGAUCUCACUUCAUUUAAAGCUGGACAGGAAGGUGCAUAACGAUUUUAAAGUUCACACCUGUCUAACUGCUGCUGUGACAGGGAAGGAUCCUUUGCUAGAACCCCAUCUCAUCUGGGGUCACACAGUGGGGUAGGGCUCUGGUCUCUCUCACCCUUCUAGGCAGUGAACAGCAACCAGCUUCAAACCCAUGUGCACACGGUUAACGGCAUAGUGUUUGCGUAAGCUCUCUGCAAAGUGGAAUGCACUAGGGCUCAGUGCAGGGAUCUGGGGUGAAGGGGGAGGGGCUGCGUCAUUCUCUGAGCAGGAAAGAACUGGGAGAGCUCCUCACUUUCGUCGGGAAGCUGGGGCCUGAAGCCGCCCUCCUGAGGCAGACAGGCAGCGCUGGCUGCGAGGAUCGCCUCCCACCUGCGUGGAGCUGAUCGAAGGGCCUGCUCUGUAUUGUGACCAACAAGGAGCCUCUCCUCCUCACGCAGGAAUCUGUGAAGCAAAAUGUUGGCUGCCAGGUAAAAAGCCAGACCACUAUUAAAAAUGGUACCAGCAAGAGGGGGGGACCAACGGAGGGGAGGGCACUGCAGUAAUAAGGAAGUGGCUUCAGAAAUGGUUUGAGUUGGACGAAGCCAGUCUUCAUCUCAGACCCUAUGAUUCCUUGCUGCUAAAAUAAAAGGCCUGGAUUUAGUGAG